AUGACCAUGGCAUCGGCGGAUCUCGCGUCGGACCUGUGCAGUGGCCCGAUGACCCCGCCAUAUUCAGGAGUCUUCGAAAAGGUGACCGCCAAUGCUACACAUUUCAGCAUUGAGAUUUACAACGAGAGCGACCCAGAUUGCAGCGGUCAGGUAGAACAGGUUUCCGCGUACAAGAAAGAUGAAUGCAAUGAUGGCUUUUUCGGAUCCGAUCACCUGGCGGUCGUGACGGCUGAAAGCUUCGACCUACUCACCUACGAUUCAGCGUCCUGUAGCGGCAAUGUGGUUGCGACAGUUCCUCAGAUGAUCGGACUUUGCACAUCAGCUUGGGUAGAGAAUGCCCCUAGCAGCACCAAGGCAGUGUGUGAAGGAGGCCAGCUCGUCAUGUACAAAUACAACACCACCAGCGACUGCACCGGCCCGUCGACAAACAGCAUGGUUGCCGUGGGUGCUUGCGUGGAUGUGCUGUGGUUUGGACAAGCCAAGUUAGAGUCAACCCCUUGUGAUGGUACGAGCAGCGGAGCUUUCUUGUCCAGAAAUGGCAAGUCUCUUGCAGCUGGGCUUUUUGGGCUCUUGCUGCUGUUGUUCUGA